AUGAGCGCAGGGGGGCCUAGCGGAGCCCCGCGAUCCGCUGGCGCGCGGGCGGCUGGCGGAGCAACCGGAGCCGGCGACGGAACCAGCAUCGGCGCAACAGGGAGGGGCGCAGGGGGGAAGACUCCGCCGAAACACCCCCUGGCGCGGCGGCUGCGCGGGAAGAAAACCGAAGAAACCCUAGCCAAGGAGAUUGGCGUGGUGAUGGUUCAGCUGGGGAAGCUGGAGGCGGGGGGGGAGCGGCAAGUGCGGCACGUGCUGCGGAAAUACGCCAAGUGCUUUGGACCAGAGUGCGUUUUAGGCGCUCUGAACGAGCUCAUGCGCCGGAACGACGUGGACCGUACGAUCGAGGCGUUUGAGUGCAUCCGGACCGCCCACUGGUUCGAGCCGGAUCCGAUGCUGUAUGCGCGUAUGAUAGGGGUGCUGGCGCGGAACUCGCGGACUGACACUGCUGCUGCGCUCUUUGCCUCUAUGGAUGGCGGCCCUGCUGUGCCCCUCACUGGGGGAAUGGCCAUGCUGGUGGGCGCAGGGGGGGGUGGGGGGAGUGGUGUGGGAGGGGCUGGGAGGGGUGGUGUGAGGGAUGGUGUGAGGGAGGGUGGGAGAGGGAAUCGUUGGGGUUCUAGCAGUGAUGACGAUGAUUCCAGUGGUGAUGACGUGGAUGGGUCUGAUGAUGAGCUGGCACCAGGCCCAGGGUAUGAUGACGAGGAUGAGGAUGACCCGGAUGGGGACCGGUGGGGCACGAGCAAGGGACGGCGGAGGCGACUCAAGAAGAAAGUCGCUGCUGCUGCCACUGCAGUGUAUGCAGCGAUGAUAGAGGCGUACGGGCGCCGCCACCAGGCCACGGCUGCCCUCGCACUGCUGCACCAGAUGAAGGCCACUCCUGGCUGUGCUCCUGACGCCGCGGCCUAUGGGUGA